AAAAAAUUUUAAUUGAAACAACUUCAACAAAAAUAAAUCUAUAUAAAAUAUUUGUUAAAGCUGCUAGUUAUAUUAGAAUUAUAUCUAAACAAUAAAUAUCUGUGAUGCCAAAAUAGGAUUCUGGAAUAAAACAUAUAUUAAGGUGCAACGAUAAUAGAAUAAGGCAGUACAGUUAUAUUCAAGCUUCUAUUUUUUUUGUUUUAAUUUUAAUCUAAAACUUUUAUUUUUAAGCAAAUAAUUCAGCAGUCAUUUAAAGCCAUCAGCAAAUAAUUUUAAGAGUUCAGCAGUCAUUAAAUUUUUGCAAGCAUCUAAAACACUUUUACUUUAUUGCUUAUUGCCCUACAAGGCAGGGUUAUUGUUCAUCUGAUCUUGUUUAAAUUCUCAGAAAAAUAUUGAGACAAAAAUUAUACUUAAAUAUUAAAUACCUAGGCAAGAGUGUAACCACCUAAAAAAUUUUAAAUAAAGUUAUUGCAAAUUAUAAAAAAGUUUGACUGUAUUUGUGUUGUGUUCCUGGUUUGUAAACAGUUAUUAUUUUUCAGAAAUAUGGCGGAUGUAGCUCCAGCCGGUGGCCGAGGAGGCUUUAGAGGAGGUUUCGGAAGUCGUGGCAGUGGACGUGGUGGACCACGAGGAAGAGGACGUGGGCGUGGCAGAGGCAGAGGACGUGGUAAGGAAGGAGAGAAGGAAUGGCAGCCAGUUACAAAGUUAGGUCGUCUGGUCAAGGAUGGAAAAAUAAGAACCCUGGAAGAUAUAUAUCUAUUCUCUUUACCCAUCAAGGUUAGAAUCAAUUCUUGCGGUGAAUGCUAGGUAACUACAAAUUUUGCAAAAGAGGGAAUUUGAAAUUAUUGAUUUUUUUAUUGGUCCUGUAUUGAAAGAUGAAGUUCUGAAGAUCAUGCCAGUUCAAAAACAGACUAGAGCCGGGCAGAGAACAAGAUUUAAGGCCUUUGUUGCUAUUGGAGACCACAAUGGACACAUUGGUUUGGGCGUGAAAUGUUCCAAAGAAGUGGCUACUGCUAUCCGUGGUGCUAUUAUCCUUGCUAAGCUCUCUGUCGUUCCAGUCAGGCGUGGUUAUUGGGGUAACAAGAUCGGAAAGCCCCACACUGUACCUUGCAAGGUUACAGGAAAGUGUGGUAGUGUGCAAGUGCGUCUUAUUCCAGCACCCAGAGGAACUGGCAUUGUAGGUGCCCCUGUACCCAAGAAGCUUCUGCAGAUGGCAGGUAUUGAAGAUUGUUAUACAUCUGCCACAGGAUCAACUGGCACUCUUGGAAACUUUGCAAAAGCUACGUUUGAAGCCAUAUCAAAAACAUAUGGUUAUCUGACGCCAGAUCUCUGGCGUGAUGUGCCAUUAUCUAGGGCACCGUACGCAGAAUUUUCAGAUCAUCUGCUGCGGAACCAUCAUGCCAAAGCUCUUCCUGUUGAUGAAUGA